AUGCGGAAUGUAUUUUGUAUACUUUGUACUAUUUAUGUGUGCAUAGAAAUAUUUACAUCGUAUAUUAGUUGUGUAGAGUCUGAUACUGAUGAAAAUGAUGAUGAACCGAGUGUUUACACACUAUCUGAUGAGAAACGUUUAAUUAAACGUUUAUUAAACAAAUAUCAAGCUGCAGGAAUAACUGGUCGUCCAGUAAAGCAUACAUCGGAAAAAGUUCUUGUGGAAAUGUCUCUUUCAUUAAUACAAAUAUUGGAUUUAGAUGAAAAAAACCAAGUAUUAACUACAAGUGUAUGGUUAAAUUAUCGCUGGACCGAUCAUAUUCUGAAAUGGAAUCCAGACAAUUAUUCACAAAUUCAAGAAGUCCGUGUUCCAUAUAAGCAUAUUUGGACACCAGAUAUUGUACUAUAUAACUACGCCGAUGAACGAUUAAAAGAAAUGCGUGAUGCUAUGGUUAUCGUACAACAUACUGGAGAUUUAACCUGGAUUCCACCUGCAAUUUUUAAAUCUUCAUGUAAAAUAGAUAUAAAAUCGUUUCCAUUUGAUGAACAAACAUGUCAUUUGAAAUUUGGAUCUUGGACAUAUGAUGGAAAUAAAUUAGAUGUUUCUUUUAUUAAUAAUGAAGCACAAGUUCUGUUAAGUGACUAUACAGAAAGUAAUGAAUGGGAAGUAAUUGCACGUCCGGCUUUAAGGAAUGUAAAAUCAUAUCCUUGUUGUCCAGAAUUUUAUCCUGAUUUAACUUUCUUUUUAUUCCUAAGAAGGAAUGCUGCAUUCUUUUCAUACAUUUUGGUUCUACCAUGUGUGUUACUGGCAUCAUUGACACUUGUCAUUUUCUGGUUACCUCCAGAAUCACCUGCAAAGAUGGUUCUUGGUAAGCAAGCUCAGUGUAAAUUACUUAUGGUAAAAAUGUUUAUUCCCUUAUCACAUACUUUAUCUUAUGCAGAGGUGGACAAACCACAAUUAUGUCACAUUCUGAACGGUGUUUGUGAUGGGAAAUGCAGCUGUAAAGAAGGUGAUCAAAAUACACCUUCGGAUGUUGUUGUCAGUAAUUCAAAUUCUACAACAGUCAACCAAAAUAAAAACGAUUAUUCAUCACAAAUGGUACAAAUGAAGUCAGCAUUAGUUAAUUCAAACAAUGAACAACAAGAUAUAUCAGGUUAUACUGGAUCUGUUAUUGGAAUGAAGCGUUCUAAAAAGGGUAAAGCACGUUUUGCUAUGGUACAAGAGAAUAAUGGAUUAAAAACUUUAAUUGUAGAUAAUUAUGAUUAUGAUACUGAUACUACUGAACAUAAACGAUAUCGACCAAAUCAGCGUCAUUGUGAAACACAAACUGAAGCGGAUAACUUUAAUAAAGAGUCAAAUUCACAACAGCUCAUGGGAUCAUGUCAAUGUCAUUCAAAAUUAUCAAAAAUACGCAGUCGUUCAUUAACUCCAUCAAAAUUUAAUGAUUGUGAUAUAUUAGGUAAUUCUCAACAACCUUGUACAUGUUGUCAAUAUUAUUAUCGGUCAUAUGCACCAGCAACUCAUUGUACUGUUUGUACUCCAUUACCAGUUAUAAAUACUUCCACAAAUUCAAGAAUAUUAAACCCAAGAAUACAAAGUUCAAAACAUGGAAAACAUCCUGAAAAUUGUAAUGUUUGUAAACAACAUCUUAAUGCAUUAAUGUUUAAAACACAACCUAAUGAUUAUUUUUCUAUAAACCGUCAUUCAAUAACUAAUUCAUCUAUACCAUUUGAUAGUAAUUCAUUAUGUUCACAUAUUAGAUAUGAAUAUCGUAAUGGUAGACCUGCACUUAUAUCACCACAUGGACGUAAUUAUUUAAAUUCUAAUGAAUUAACUACUAAUCAUACAAAUUUACAAUUAAAAUCAUCUACAUUAAAUAAAACUACAUCAUAUUUAUCUAAUAAUAAUCCAUUAAUUACUAAUUCAACUAUAACAAAUAUGAAUUCAGAUAAAACAACAAUACAACAUUUACAAUUAUCAUCAACAUUAUUAAUAUUAAUGAAAAAUAUAGAAAAUGAAGUAAAUGAUAUACGUUCAAUUGUUAAAUUAUUUUAUCAAGAAUCGAUAAAAAAGAUACAGAAAAUAUUAUCAUAA